ACGUCAAAGUGAGACCUAGUUUUUUUACGUUCCGUUUGUUUGCAUCGAAAAAGAGAAAUCUUAUCUUCACUGGGUUCGGAAUAAUUUCGUACAAACGUUUGCCAAGAUUCUGCUACACAUUACCCAUCAUGGCAGGUUCCGCCUUAAGGCGCCUAAUGGCCGAAUACAGACAACUCACCCUAAACCCUCCGGAAGGUAUCAUUGCUGGUCCGAUCAGUGAGGAGAAUUUUUUUGAGUGGGAAGCCCUAAUUACUGGUCCGGAAGGCACCUGCUUCGAGGGUGGAGUUUUCACAGCCAAACUUGUGUUUCCACCGGACUAUCCGCUCAGUCCACCGAAGAUGAAAUUUACGUGUGAAAUGUUCCACCCCAACAUUUUUACUGACGGCCGUGUCUGUAUAUCGAUAUUACAUGCACCGGGAGACGAUCCGCUAGGGUAUGAACUAUCAGCUGAGCGCUGGAGUCCUGUACAAAGUGUGGAAAAGAUCUUACUAAGUGUUGUUAGUAUGUUGGCCGAACCAAAUGACGAAUCCGGUGCAAACGUGGAUGCGGCGAUAAUGUGGCGCGAAAACAGGGAAGAGUUUAACAAAAUUGCCCGACGCAUCGUACGUAAAACGUUGGGCCUUGCAUCCUAAAAGCUUCCCUUAGCCGUUUCCGAUAUCACUCCGACAAAAACAAUCGUCUCAGAGAGAAUAUAAUGGGUAGGCCGGAAUCGAAUUUUGCAAUCGUGUGUAGUUGAUCUUUUUUAUGUUUGUUGUUUAUGGAAGUAGAGUACUACUGGCUAAUGCUUGAAUUGAAACAAAACAAAACAGAAAACAAGUAAUACAUAAAAAGGCGUGUGGUUUCGUAUACUGUGUGUGUGGAGGAAAGCAAUGAAUGAAUGAUUGUAUUGAUAAUGAUUUGUUUGUUUCUGCGUACUUUUUCUUAUACGUGGUUCUACAGCCACGCCUUUGACGAUGACUUUGAUGUUAGGGGUUUCAGUCAUUUGGUUUAGAUUUUUAUUCAUAUUGCGGACCAAGAAGUUUUGUUUCGUAUCACCCUAUUAUAUUCACCAUUCCGUUAAAAAAGGGCUACCAACAUUAAAUUUUGUUUAGUUUGCAUGUGAUAAUAAAAACGAACAAAUAAAGCUACAAGCCGUGUAGAGUAUCAUUGCUUGUAGAUGUAAC